GGGGGGGGGGGGGGGCGCGGGCAUAAGCGGCCCGUCUAGCGAAAGAGAGACCGGUUACCAUGGCGUCCCUCCUGAUGAGGAUCUUCCGGUUGGGCACGGAGAAGAAGAGGGUGAAGCAGUACGAGAACCUGAGGAGGGACGAGGACCCGCGGGAGAGCUGGGACACCCUGGGGGAGCUGGGAGACGGAGCCUUCGGCAAGGUUUACAAGGCACGCAAUCGGGCGACAGGAGCCUUGGCCGCGGCUAAGGUCAUAGAGGUGCGGAGCGAGGAGCAGCUGGAAGAUUACAUCACCGAGAUCGACAUACUGGCGGCCUGCCGCCAUGGCAACAUAGUGACCCUGCUGGACGCCAUCUUCUUUGAAGGAUGGUUGUGGAUCCUGAUCGAGUUCUGUCCCGGAGGUGCCCUUGAUGAUAUCAUGCUGGAGCUGGAGAGGGGUCUCUCAGAGCAGCAGAUCAGCGAGGUGUGCUGCCAGACGCUGCAGGCUCUGUCCUACCUGCACCAGCACCACAUCAUCCACAGGGACCUGAAGGCUGGAAACAUACUGCUCACCUUGGAGGGCCAGGUCAAACUGGCGGACUUUGGAGUGUCUGCAAAGAACGAGAGCACCCUGCAGAGACGGGCCACCUUCAUCGGAACGCCUUACUGGAUGGCCCCAGAAGUGAUCCUAUGCGAGACGUCCAAGGACAAUCCCUACAGCUGCAAAGCAGACAUCUGGUCCCUGGGCAUCACCCUCCUGGAGGCAGCUGAGAUGGAGCCCCCGCACCACAACCUCAAUCCCAUGAGAGUCCUGCUGAAGAUCACCAAAUCACCGCCCCCUACCCUCACAAACCCCCGCCUCUGGUCGUCCCAUUUCCAGGACUUCCUGCGCAGGGCGCUGCAGAAGAACCCCGAAACCCGCUGGGGGACCCAGCAGCUCCUUGCGCACCCCUUCCCCUGCGCGGGGCGGGACGGGAGGGCCCUGAAGGAGCUCAUUGCCGAGGCCAAGGCCGAAGUCACUGAAGAGAUAGAGGCAGAGUCAUUAUCAGACCUUCCUCGGUCCCUGGCUGAAGAAAUAUCCCUGGAUCCUGAGAAGGGGGCAACUGACGUCCCAUCAGGAGACACAACGCAAGACGGGGGUCUGGUUCCAGAGCCCCAAAGCCCGCAGGAAACACCGGCCACCGCGGAGCUCAACCCGGACCACACCGAAGGUGACCCUAAAUGUCCCACCAUGCCAGACGGAGAGGGCGGGGGGGCCAAGGUGAACAGGAGGGCGUCCCGCGGCAGGGAUAAGGCCCAGAAGCGGGCGAGGCGUCUGUCCGUCCCAGGCACCCUGCUGUCCCUGCUCAGCAGCACCUCCCGCCGCUGCAAAUCCGGCUUUUGGGGGGACAGCCCGGUGGUACCCAAGGGUCAGGACCUGGCGAACGGGUCUGGGGAGGGGGCAGAGGGACAGGGGAGAGCAGGCUCAGAAGAGAGGGAGGAGGGGACAGAGAGGGGCCAGGAGGUGCAGAAUGAGAGCCCUGUCCCUGCCCAGGUAGAAGAGGCUGAAGCCUCCCUUGCUGUGCCAGAGGAGAACGGUGCCAAGACUCUGGACAAGAAGGAGGAGACACAAGGAGUUCAAACAGAAGGGACAGAAGGAGGAGCUCAAACAGAGGGACCAGAAGGAGGAGCUCAAACAGAGAAGACAGAAAGAGGAGCUCUAGCAGAGGAGACAGAAGGAGGAGCUCAGACAGAAAAGACAGAAGGAGGAGCUCAAACAGAGAAGACAGAAGGCGGAGCUCAAAUCGAGAAGACAGAAGGUGGAGCUCAAACAGAGGAGACAGAAGGAGGAGCUCAAAUAGAGGAGACAGAAGGAGGAGCUGAAACAGAGGGUACAGAAGGAGGAGCUCAAACAGAGGCGACAGAAGGAGAUGCAAUGCUGGGCCAGGCUGGAUUCCAAGGACAGGCAGUGAAUGUGAUUCUGGUUGAAGAGUCAACUCCGGAAUCUUCCGACCCGGACCCUGAGCCAGCCGAGAUCCAGAUGGGCGGUGAAGCUGUGACUGAUAUGUCCGACACCCAUCCAGUUUCCAACCAGAGUUCUGAGACUCUGACAUCAGGAGUAACUGUGAGCUCAGUGGAGAAUGAGAAGGAAAGCCAGGCGGCGCUGGUGGCCACUGAUACGGUUCCUGCUGCCGUUGGACGCAUCACCAUACCGCCUGCUGCCAUGGCGGCCCCUCCAUUCCGGAUUAUGGAGGUAUGCCUCUCCGCACUCCAACUGCAGGGUGCCCUGAUCCCUGCCCUAUGUCUGGAAAUGCCCAGGAUGGAUCGCAUGGGGGAGGACGAAGGGGUGGAGCCAGGUCCCUCAGUGGCAGACCGCCUCGAUUUAUCUGUAGGAAGAGCUGUGAAACAUGUGGACAUGGCGGAGGCAAAUGGAGAUGCUGCUGUGAAAGAUAAAGAGCAAGUGCCUGAAGAAGAGGAGGCUGUGGGGGCUAGGGAUGGGGAGCAAGAGGAAGAAACAAUUGAGGAGGAUGGGGGAAGAAAGGAUAUCCCUCCUGCUGAGGAUGGGAAGGAAAGACAAGAAGAGAUGGAAGACAGAGAAAGGGAAGAUGCAGGAGCAGAUGAAGGAAAGCUGGAAGAGGAAGCACAAGAAGAAGGAGUGGCAGAAGGAGAAGGGGAGGUAGGAGGGAGUAAUGUGGCGGAGAAAGAGGUAGAUGGAGAGGCAGCAAGGGAGAUGAGCAAUAGCACUGUAGAAGAGGGAGGACAAGAUGUGGUUCUAACCAGCACAAAUGAACCGGCCUCAUGUACAGAAGGGGAUGGAUGGGAGAACAGGCAUGAAGCUGCGGUGGGUAAAGACGUAGGACAAGAGGAGGGCGUCCCAUCUGAAAGCAAGACUGAGAUGGGACCAUCACACAUCCAAGGAGAGGUCAAGAGAGAUGAGGGGACAGAGGAGGGAAGAAAGGACGAAGAGGAGGUAGAGGCAGGGAAAGAAGAAGAAAGAAAAGAGCAUGUGAGGUCAGAGGAAAGUGAGGACGGAGAGAGAAAAGGGGAAGAGGGGAAACCUGUGGUCCUCAGAAAGACGGACACGGGUGACGGAGGUUCUGUGGAGGGAGGAAAUGACAAAGAGGGAGGAGAGAAAGACGCACAGCCGGGGGAGCGCGAGAGGGCCAGAGAAGAAAGAGCAGAGGAAGGGCAGGCCAGGCUAACUGAGGCAGGCGAGACGGUCACUAAAGACGGAGUGAAGGAGGCAGAGGAGGGCAAGAAGAAGAGGAAGAACAAAGAGAAGGGAAGUGUCAGGGCCAGGAAAUCCACCAAGAGGGUGAACUUCACCUGGGACGCGAUGGGAGGAUUGGAGGAGGGGGCGAAACGAGUGGAUGGGGUGGAGAGGAGCGCGGCGAACGGCAGCACGGCUGCCAUUUCACAACGGACAGACCAGGACCUCCCGGACGGGACGUGCUCAGGAUCCAACAGUACUCCAACCGCAGAGGACCAACCCCAACCCUCCACCAGCGAGAACAAAUCCAGCAGGGCGAAUCUGGUCCCGGCAGUCCCAGGACCUGACGGAGAAAUCACCCACAACAGGAAGACGGUUAAAAGAACGCGGAAGUUCAUGGUGGACGGCCGGGAGAUGAGCGUCACCACGUCCAAAGUCGUCAGCGACAGCGCCGGGAAGGAGGAGCAGAUGCGGUCCGUCAGACGGCAGGAGCUGCACGCGCUGAAGCUGCUGCAGAAGGAGGAGCAGAGGGAGUAUGCGCAGCUGGAGCUGCGCCUGCAGCAGCAGCGGGAGCAGAUGUUCCGGCACAUCGAGCAGGAGAUGACCAGUAAGAAGAAGUACUAUGACGGGGAGCUGGAGCGGGUGGAGCGGCAGUACCGGCAGCAGAGCGAUAAGAUGGAGGCGGAGCACACGGUGCGGCUGAGGGAGGAGGCCCACAGGCUGAAGGCCCAGCAGGAGCGGGAGCUGAGCCGCAGGGGGGCGGCGCUCAAAGCCGAUCCCCGGGAGGAGCAGCGGUUCAUGCAGAAGCAGCAGCAGGAGCUGAAUGAGGGUCUGCAGAGAGGUGUGCAGGAUCACAAGAGGAAGGUGGCCUCCAUGGAGUGGGAGAUCACAGCCAAAUCACAGCAACUCAAGAGGGCCCGCGAAUCCGUCAUCUGGGAGCUGGAGCAGCGCCACCUGCAGGAGAAGUACCACCUGUUUAAGCAGCAGGUGAAGGAGCAGUACUCACUGCAGAGACAGCAGCUCAUCAAGAGGCACAACAAGGACAAGGAGAGGGCCUCCCGGUUCCACCAGGGCCUGCUGGAGGAGCAGCGCUCCCUGCACCUGCAGGAGCGGGCCCAGCUGCAGCGCACCCAGAGGGCCGAGGCCAAGGCCCGGCUGGCCCAGUGCAAGCUGGACCUGAGGGCCCGGCGCCUGUCGGGCCCCGAGCAGAGACAGAGCCUCACGCAGCUCGUGUCGGAGGAAGAGUCCCGGCAGAAGCAGGAGAGGCAGACCCUGCAGCAGACCCAGGAGGCGCAGCUGCGCGAGCUGCAGGAGCAGUGCGAGGGCAACGUCGCGGAGCUGCAGCAGAUACAGAAUGAGAAACUACAGCUGCUGGUGGAUCAAGAGAAGAAGAAGAUCAGAGGGCUGGAGGAUGAACACACGCUGGAGCUGAAUGAGUGGAGAGACAAACUGGCUUGCAGGAAAGAGGUGUUAGAGGAAGACCUGGCUCGCAGACGCAGGGAAAAGGAGGGAGCUCGCAGACGAUGCAGCGAGCCCGAAUCCCGAAACACCAGCCGACGCCCACGAUUCUUUAUCAGCACGAGCUUCACUUAGCCAAGCUCUUUCAAUUGCGCGGGCGCGCACACACAAUAAACGAGUAAUCCAAUAAUUCUCUCAAACCGAACUUAUCGUACGGCAAGUGCCAAUAAAGCCUUUUAGCACACCCUCAAAGAGUUUUUUUAAAUCAUGAAACACUGUUGUAAAUAUUAAUAAAAUUAAGAGCCUUUGUGACAAUAGCAGGGUGAAGUAAAUAAACUUAGGCUAUUCAACUGAG